AAAAUCAACUGGAUCUGUUGUUUUCCCUCGGCUGUAUCCGGCGUUUUGUUAGUUCGUCGUUGCUUUGUCCCCAAACCAUCAACAACACAACCAUGGCUGUCAAUCACAACUAGCCAAGGAUGCUAACUACAACAAGUAGCCUGACGUUAGCUAACCUAGCAGCUAACCUGGUACAGACUCUUUUCAUCAGGGCAUGUCCCACUGAAAGUCACUUACAACUGUGAUCUUUGACUAAUGUCAACUUUUGAAGAGGUAAAAAUACUGUUGCGAGAAUUCAGGUAACGCAAUGCCCCAGAAUGGUAUGAACUUCGAGGGCAGAAGAAGACAAACGCGUCGCAACACCUGUGGAGCCAAUGGUCUGAUGAACAGUCAGGUCCCAGGCUCAGAUUUGGUUAAUGGAGCUGCUGUUCACAAUGACUUCCCAGCUGCUGCCACUAGAACCAGUGAGAGCACGCCAGCUGGCACACCGAAUGGUACCAAACCGCAAUGCAUGGUUAAUGGUUACAUUAAUCAUGGGUACAAGGGCAAGAGAACAAAAGCACCGCCCCAAAGGACUUUCUGGAAACAAAGAAGCACAAUUUCGGCCGUUACGGAUGCCUCAACAGCUGGCAGGGUCAGCAGUGGAGGCACUUCAGGUGCUAUCUUGGUAAAUGAGGCCACCAGUCUAGACACUUUGCCCAGAUCUGACCAAAUGGCACCAGAGCCCAGCCUGUCUGCAGCAGCGAAGAACCAGAGAAGGAGGAAAUUCAGACAUAAGAAGAGAGACACUGAUUUGGCCUGUCCUACACCCCCACUGGUGCCACCACAAGAGGAGGAGGACUGGGAAAAAGAGAUCCAAGAGGUCACUGUUACCAACUGGGAAAAGAUGUGUUUUGGGGUCCAAUCCUAUGGUCCAGAAGACGUGCUCCAUUUUGCUUUGCGGGAUUUGACCCUUCAGCAAAGGGACUCUGUCGACCCACUGGUGACAGCCAAUUACAGCCCUUCCACUCGCCACCCGCGCCCCGUCAAGUGGUUCUGCUACAGCAUUCCCACUGAGCCAGACCAGUUCGCAGACGCUGACUAGUAAGCCAGACAAAUGCUGCCGUAGUUCUGCUAUGGAUCUAGUUAGUCGUUAAUGGCGAUCCUGGAUCAAUACAUGUGUUUAGAAUAAUUGUUUAGUGAGAGAUUUUCUUUUUUUCCUCAUCUAAGCAUUAGUGGAAGAAAUGGAAUUCAAAACUUGCUCUAGUUUAGCUUCAAAUCCAAAUCUGUUCAUGCUGUCAUAGGUCAAAGAUUGGAGGUUGUUUUUUUAUCCUAGGUUUUAUUUUAUAUUUUAAAUUCAGAUUUUAUAUUUGUUUUAUAUUGUGCAACAUAAAUUUGUUAGUCUCUUCUGAUCUUGAGGAAUGAUUUUAGUUAACCAUGCUUUGCUGUUCUACUGCUUCACUUAUCGUUGCUAUUGGAAACGGUCAUUUCUUGUCAACAUCAUUUUGCUCGUCUUUCAAGAACUGAAGUAAUCGUUUUUAUCUAAAAGUUUGUUUUAAAAUGCCUGAAAUGGGAAUUCUGUUGUCAAAAUAAGUUACUCUUUUGUGCUGUAUGAUCAAUUUUAUUGUUUGCAAAUUGCACAUGUUCACAGCAAGUAUAUGAAGUAACUAUUUUAAUUUGACUCUCAUGAGACAGCAAGCCUAACCUAAGAAAUUAUGGUUUGAUUAUGUAACAACAACAAAUCGUUAUCUGCCUGUUCAGAGCCUCAUUUUCAUUUUUUUUACAAUCGCAAUAAAUUUUCUUCUAACUUGA